AAUAUAGUCAUUCGAGCUGCGCAGUGAAAUUUGGUUUCGCAUGCAGCGAUCUUCGAUCUCUGAUUUCUAGGGCUUGUUAUCUUCGACCAUUCCGGGCUUUCUCGGAAGCCUAAGUCCCCGCCGAUCAAGGAGUGGGAGGAAGAAUCUAAUGGCAGAAGACACGGUUGCUGGCUCCAACGCAGUCCCCUCUCCCUCCCAGCCGGCGACGCCGGGACCGAUUGGGAGCUCAGUGAUUCCAAUCGUGAACAAGCUGCAGGACAUCUUUGCGCAGCUGGGGAGCUCGUCGACAAUCGACCUGCCGCAGGUGGCGGUGGUUGGGAGCCAGAGCAGUGGAAAGUCGAGCGUAUUGGAGGCGCUGGUAGGCCGCGAUUUCUUGCCGCGCGGUUCCGAUAUUUGCACGCGACGCCCGCUGGUGCUGCAACUCGUGCAUUUCACCCGAAAGCAAGAUGCACCUGCUGGAGACAUGGAGGAGUGGGGCGAGUUCUUGCACAUUCCAGGCAAUAGGUUCUACGACUUCUCGGAGAUCCGGCGUGAGAUUCAGGCUGAAACAGACCGUGAAGCUGGGGGAAAUAAAGGAGUUUCGGACAAGCAAAUUCGUUUAAAAAUUUUUUCGCCUAAUGUUCUCAAUAUUACUCUGGUUGAUUUGCCUGGAAUAACAAAGGUUCCAGUUGGUGAUCAACCAAAUGACAUUGAGGCUAGAAUCAGAACAAUGAUAUUAUCAUACAUCAAGCAUGAAACUUGUAUAAUAUUGGCAGUUUCACCGGCAAAUGCAGAUUUAUCAAAUUCUGAUGCACUUCAAAUGGCGAGGAUUGCUGACCCAGAUGGUUCACGAACAAUUGGUGUCAUCACAAAGCUAGAUAUAAUGGACAGAGGUACUGAUGCACGAAAUUUUCUGCUGGGAAAUGUGAUUCCACUUCGACUUGGCUAUGUUGGUGUGGUUAACCGUAGUCAACAGGAUAUCAAUCUAAAUCGAAGCAUAAAAGAUGCAUUGGCCAAUGAAGAGACAUUCUUUCGACGUCAGCCUGUAUAUCAUGGUCUCUCUCAUUGUUGUGGAAUUCCUAAAUUAGCUAAGAAAUUGAAUCAGAUUUUGGUGCAACAUAUCAGGGCAGUUCUUCCGGGAUUGAAGUCUCGCAUAAAUUCCCAGUUGGUGGCUGUGGCAAAAGAGCAUGCUGCCUAUGGGGAUGUUGUAGAAUCAAAGGCUGGACAGGGUGUGAAACUUUUGAACAUUCUUACGAAAUACUGUGAAGCUUUUACUUCAAUGAUUGAGGGGAAAAAUGAGGAAUUAUCAACAGCUGAGCUUUCUGGUGGGGCACGGAUUCAUUAUAUUUUCCAGACAAUUUUUGUGAAGAGUUUAGAGGAAGUUGAUCCUUGUGAAGAUGUCAGUGAUGAGGACAUUCGCAUGGCUAUUCAAAAUGCCACUGGUCCUAGAAGUGCUUUGUUUGUACCUGAGGUUCCAUUUGAAGUUCUUGUAAGAAGGCAGAUUGGUCGUUUACUAGAUCCAAGCCUUCAGUGUGCAAAAUUCAUCUAUGAUGAAUUGAUUAAGAUGAGCCAUCACAGCCUAGCAAAUGAGCUUCAUCGAUAUCCUGUUCUGCGGAAGUGCAUGGAUGAGGUAAUUGGAAAUUUCUUACGAGAAGGACUUCAGCCAGCAGAAACAAUGAUAACCCACCAAAUUGAAAUGGAGAUGGAUUAUAUAAACACUUCACAUCCUAAUUUUGUUGGAGGAAGCAAGGCUGUGGAGAUUGCACAGCAACAAGUCAAGGCCUCAAGACUAGCAGCAUCAGUUUCUAGACCCAAGGAUGGUUUAGAUGGUGAUAAGUUACAAGCAUCUGAAAAGAGUCAAAAAUCUCGUGGCAUUCUUGCUAGGGCUGGAGCAAAUGGAGUUGUUCAUGAUCAAGCUCUGGGAGCGCGACCUGUGUCAGAUUCUGACAGACCGGGCUCAGCUGGAAGUUCAAGUGGAAGUGGACCCAGUUGGGGCAUUUCAUCCAUUUUUGGGGUUAGUGAAAACCGUGCACCAGCAAAAGAGAUAUCUUCCAACAAGUCUUUAACCGUUCCUUCUCACAAUGUGGAACAUUCACUGUCCAUGAUCCAACUAAGAGAGCCUCCAGCCAUCUUGAAGCCUUCAGAAAGUCAAUCAGAACAGGAGGCUUUGGAGAUUUUCAUCACAAAAUUAUUGCUGAAAUCAUACUAUGACAUUGUUAGGAAAAAUAUUGAAGAUUCUGUACCAAAGGCAAUUAUGCACUUCCUGGUUAAUCAUACAAAAAGAGAGCUGCACAAUGUUUUUAUCAGAAAACUUUACAGAGAAAAUCUUUUCGAUGAUAUGCUACGAGAGCCUGAUGAUAUAGCUGCCAAGAGGAAAAGGGUUAGGGAAACACUAAGGGUUCUGCAGCAGGCCUACAAGACGCUGGAUGAGUUGCCACUCGAGGCUGAUAAUGUGGAGAAGGGUUAUUCUCUGGAUUCGGAUGCAACCGGCUUGCCCAAAGUCCAGGGUCUACCUUCUUCAUUCUACUCGGCAUCAAAUGAUUUCAAUUCACCUUACACCGCUUCUCCAAAAAACCAGAGAUCAAGGAGAUCAACCCACUCCGGAGAACAAUUGUCAUCUAUGUAUCCCAGCUCUGACGCCAAUGGACUAGGCUCUUAUCCUUCAGUCGAAGCAUAAGGCCACCUGAAGCAGAAAAUAAGCUGUUUUCUUAUAAUGAGAUGACCUUCCAUGGCUGAUUUCUCAUCACAUCAUCUUAUAAUUGAAGACCUGAAGGUUAUUCUUUAAUGCCAUUUUCAUCCCAUGCAUGCCAAGAGGUCCUUGUAUACUAGUUGGGGUCUUUAUUGCUUAAAAGUCUAUUUCUUGAUAUAUUUUUUACUCAUGGAAGAAGAACCUGAGCUGUUAGAUGAUACGUGCAUUUUCUAAAGUUUUAAUAUAAUCAAAUGGAGUGUUGGUGGCUGUAUGCUACCAAAAUCUUACAGUUUAAAGAUAUCUAUAUUUUGUUUAUUCUCCUUUGUUUCA